UGAGGGCGUAGAUAUGGAUGACGAGGCCGACAAGUACAAGAAGUAUCAUGGCAAGGACGACGCCUUUUUGUCGGCUAAGUCGGUCGAAAGUAAUAAUGUCCAUCUUGAAUAUCGAGCGCGGUAUCGGUAUGAUCUGUUUUGUCGUACAGGGAAUACAAGAGACGAAACGAGAGAACGGUUGGCUGGCAGAUUUCUUGGGGCCAAGACAACCUUUUGUAAGAAUUGGGAAAUUGGGUUUGGGCUUACUGUCUCCAGUUCGUGUCAUUUCCAAUAGCGGCACAGCCCAGAGGGACCUACCAAGUGGAAAUGGAGAUGUUGGUUGGUUGCGAUGUGGAGACAUGGAGGACCCUUUGUUGAGACUAAUUGGAUUUAUCACGGGACCAGCACUUGAACCGUACAUCCGACGCGUACUAGAAGGUUCUGAAACAGCAGUGAUGAGUCCAUUCAAUGCCCCUGUCCGAGCGUGCAUCUUGGACAGUCCCAACUGCAGCUGA